GGGGCAGAGUACGGAGUAGACAGCCCGCAGAGGCAGAAUUUCAACCGCGUCGCAUGGCCAAAUCCCAACCUGAGUCGCAUCAGAACGGCCAGAAAACCAACCCAGCCCCCGCCUGCUCCAGACACUGACGUCCUGAAAUCUCUUCCACACCAGGGAAUCGAAGUGCAUUCCUCGAACUCGACCACGUCCGGAUCAGACCCGCCCUGCCUGGCUCGCUCGGGCUCGAGGAGCGUGCCGCACCCACCACAACAUGGCCCCUCUCAUUCUACACAAUGUCCCCGACGAGGAACAAUACGUCGGCGAGGAUGGCGUCCAGAGGCCCUACGCAAUGAUAUGGCCACAGCAAGACGGCAACCCGACCAACGUUCGAGCACGACGCGGAGUACCCGAAACAGGAGCGUUUGGCAAGUCGACGCGGCGAUCCAGGUCAAAAACCGCGACCCCGGCUAGGCGCGAAGACCCCACGAUCCAGUCCGCCGGCAAGGUCUUUGCCGCCUUCUUCGAGCAGCAGUCUUCACAAGGCGGGGACGCGACAGAAGAACCCUCGUCGGCAACCCCAAGGCAACGAAGAGCCUCCACCGUCCAGCCCCUGAUACCGCCGUCGACCUCGACCAAAGAUCUCACAGACGACUCCGCGGCCGCCGCCGCCACGCCAGCGACAGCCCGUAACAUUCCCAACGUCCCAACCGAGAUCAUCCUCCGCGGCUUCAAGCACACCGACCAGCAGUACGCCGCCAUCAACCACUACGAGCAGCUCGCAGGGCGCAUUUGCGAGGACUACCCUAGGGAUCCGCCUUUCGAGAUCAGGCGGUACAAGUCGGAACUGCGCGACCCGGCCUACUCGCGGCGCCGUGCCCUGACCCCGGAGGAGAGGGCCAAGGUGAACCGGGCGGACGGCGGCUCACACUGGGUCAAGGUGACGUUCGAGUCGAGCCAGGCGGCCGAGGCGGCCAUGUUCUCGAGCCCACAGGCCAUCCUGGGCCAUCUAGUGUAUGCGGAGCCCUACCGCGGCCUGCCCCCGCUGCGCGACGAGCCCGUCCCAGACGCCACCACCGCGGCCCUGGGCGACGAGGUGCCCGCGCCAUGGAGGCGCCCCGGACAGGGCGGCAACAGGACGGCUGGCGAGCUGAGACCGACUUUCCCCGCCGGCGGGCUGCCGUCCGAGGUCGUCAUCGGCGACGGCGCCAUGGACGUGGACAUGUCGCCACCCCAUUCCCAGGCCAGCAGCCGCACCGUCGAGAGUGGCACCAUCAACGGCUCCUCGUCAGCCUCCAAUAACACUCUGACGGGGCCCCCGGCGGCGAACGACCAGCUCCAGGUGACAGCAGCAGCAGGGGCCAGCCCCGAGAACAGCGUGUACUGUAGGAGGAUACCCACUGCGCGCAAGGUCGUGCUGCUGCCGGCGGAGCAGGCGCUGCGGCCGCAGCAGUCGUACGCCCAGCGGCUGCUCGGCCGCAUCCCCUUCAUCAAGUGGUUCAGCGGGUCCAUGAUCGGGAAUGAGGUCCCGCGCACGCAGGAGGGCGAGUUCGACUGGGUCAACGCGUCGCUCUACUGGAAGUUCAUCUGUUGGCUGGACCUGAUGUUCCGACUGUUUGGUGGUGAGAUUGUCAGCGCCGACAAAGAUGACUGAGACGACUUUUCUGUGUUGGACACUCGAGGGAUGGUACCCAAAUGGCAAAGUUGUUGAUCUUGUAAAGAGCAGGAUAGACCGGGACCUGAUUGCUUCCCGCGCGGGUCGGCUCUACAUCACAAGGGGGUCUAUGUUUCGUAGCGUGAGGGACAGUCUGAGAGCAUCCGCGAGGACAUGUCUUUGUGGUCGUGGACUGGGAGAUAUUGCGCGGAUUUGGAUGACAAUGCAUAUAGCGUCUUUGGCAUAGGGCGUUUUUGCGAGGUUUGGCGUGUGGCGUGCAGGGACUAGAUAAGGAAAAGGGGGGGUUAUACAACCGUAUCAUGUACCUAUUUGAGGAGAAAGGAAAGAGAAUACCACACGAGAGAACACCAGCCUGUAAUUACGCCACGAGACCCAAAACAGCAAUGCUUCUAUACCAAACCGUGACGCCUAGCUUGUUAACAUGAAUGAACGACUGGUACCGCCCGGCCUGCCCCUCCCGAGAAAAAGAGUAUUGGGAUUCCACGAAUCUAUUCCAUCCCGUCAUCGGUAGUAUUCCACCUCCUUUCCCGCUCGUCGGGGUCCGACGCCGCGGAGGAGAUCCUCUUAUUGCCCCAGGGGUGCUCAUCUUCAUCUCCGCUCAUUGGCAGCGACAGGUCAGUAUGCGAUGACGGCAUACGGAAGCCGUCGGCGGAUGCCGACCUCCCACCGUUGCGUAUCGUGGCAGGCGACGGGGGCCCGUCGUCGUCGCUCGUCACGUUUGAGCUGCCGCCGCCCUGGAAGUGGUCGUCGGCGCCGCCCAUCACCUCGUCCGGGUUAACCCUCACGGGCUGCGGCGAGAAGGGCCGCGUCAUCCUGGGCCUGCCGUUGCUGGCAAAGUCGGCUGAGAAGAUGCUGAUGUUGUCGGUGUCGGGCACCACCCUGAGCUCCGGGCUGGUGACGGCGCCGGCCAAGCUCUGGUACGGUUCCGAUACGACACCGAGGCUGUCUGCCCUCUCAUGUCCCUUCCGACCGCCACCACCGCCGAUAACCCUAGCUAGCCCCAUGCCCGAGUCGGACGCCGUGUCGGCCAGGAUGCUCUUUGGCGGCAGGAUGCUGAACAGCUUGCUCGUGUCGGCCUCGGCCUCGGCGGGCGCCGGCUCGGUGGCGAAGAGGUCGGUGCCCUUCUCCAGGAGCUCAUCCAGCCCGCCGCCGGACCAGCCCUUGCGCGCGAGCGACUCGAAGAUGUCGACCUCGGCCCGUACAAGGCUGCAGCUCGACUCGAGGAUUUUGACGCUCGUGUCCUGACUCUCGCGCAGCAGGGUGCGACUGUGGUCGGCGUGCAUGCUAGUCAAGCCGUCCAGCUUGGUGGUCAGCUCGACCAGGUGGGUGCGGAACUUGGAGACAUUCCUGGGCCCGCGCUGGCGGUGCAGCUUCAUGCCCUCCUUCUCGAGGCGUCGGAUCUCCUGUGACUGGCGCUUAACCGCCGCCAGGUAAGUCGCCUCCUCAUCCUCGACAUCCCGGCGCCACUUGUCCAGCUCGUGGAGGAGGGGCACCUCGAAGCUCCUGUAUACCGUCUCGGACAGGAUGUGCUCGUGGUUUGCGAUAAGGUGGUGCACGCCGGCGGCGGCCAGCAGGCUGUCUGCGGUGCAGCCGCUGUUAGAGGUGACAGCAGCGGUGGGGGCGUUGCCGAGAUGCACGGAGUCGGAUGUAGCCUCCUUCAGGCGGGCGCAUGACUCCAGGGCGGAGCCGAAGGAGGAGGCGGCGUUGGACAGGGCGGCGAGGGCCAGGCGAUAUGUCUUUGCUGAGGACAGCAGGUCGGCGUAUGACUUUUGGCUGGCGGCGAGAUCGGCUUUGGUGAGAACGGUUUCCACCGCAGGAGGUGGAGGGGGCAGGGGCAGGUUGAAGCUCGAGAUGUUCAUGCUUGCCGAGGGCUGGUUCGCGGUCGACGCGUACGAGUAGGUUGGCGAUGCCGGCACCGGCGGGAGCUGGGACGGCGAGGGCGACGGUGGCCGGUUGGCGACGGGUUGGUGCUGAACGGUCGUCAUGUUGUACGAGCGAGAUGAUUCGUAGUAGCCGCAAAGAGAGGAAGAGAGCGACAGGAGGGGCGUGCGUCCUUUUUUCCCCCCAGGAGAUAAACUUUUUUUUUUUUUUUGUUUACAAUGAGGGUUGGAUCGUCUGAUACGGAUGUUAGCUGCAGAUCGCCUGCAUGUGCAGCACGUUCGUCUGCAGUUGGGAGCAGCGGGAGGCAGGCUCAACACCCAGAAACACCGUCAGAGCACACGAGACGGGGAUAGUGGCGCUUGGCUGCUGCGGGGGUCUGACAGGCUGAGAGGAUGGCGACCUGGCGACACAAGCUCAGGAGUUCUCGGGGCCCCGGCGGAGUGGAGCUUGUCUCCUGAUAGCGUUGAAACAACUCAGCAAUAUGGUCGAGUAGUGGAGCAGGAGAGAAGCAGAGGAUCGUGGCAUGCGCGUGCACGUGUAGCUUUGUACUUUGACCGAGUAUGUUCGGGCCUGCGCAUACAGUUUACAUGAUGAAAGACGAGAGAGGUCUUGUUGCGUCGUAGGAAUGGGGACGGCGUAGCCUAGGCAAUCCACCCAUCCCACCCCGAGAAGG